GGGUCUGAAAGGGAUGCCUAGUAAAUUACGUCUUAUUUUGGCGAAUUUGUGGCACUAAGAAUAUACGAUUUUUUACUUAAAGGUAUUACAAUUUUUUUAGGAUUACGCUGUUUAUGUUGAGAAAACAGAGGCAACGUUUUUUGUCCGUAUGGCGAAACAUGAGUGCGAAUGUUGUGGCCAUCUCGAGUCGCAGCCUUGUGCCCAAACGAUGGAUGAGAUGGAGUUCGAGCGAGGAAUUUGGCCUGCAGCUUUGGAUGGGGAGUUAAGUAGGGUCAAGAGCUUUUUGGAUCGCGGAGUAAAUUUUGAUAUGACUGAUAAAUCUGGCUACACGGCCUUGCACUAUGCAUGCUCAAAUGGCCAUCUGGAGGUGUGUAAAAUGCUGUUGGAUCGAGGAGCUUGUUGUAACAAACAAACCAAAGCUGGCCAGGACACACCCCUUCACAGAGCUGCAUACAGAGGGUAUGAAGACAUCGUGCAACUACUGCUUGAAAAGGGAGGGGACCCUUCAAUAUGUAAUGCUGAUGGACAGAAUGCUUUGCAUAAGGCUGCUGAAAGAUGCCACAGGGGGAUCAUGGAUUUGCUGAUUGCCCAAAACCCUGCCAUUCUUCAUCAUAAGGACAUAAGAAACAGGACUGCACUUGAUAUGUACAAGGACAUGACAGGUGUUAAUCUCACAAAGAUCAGUUGAGUUCUUUGUAGGUGAGAUUUCAUUCACAAAUGGAGGUUCCCAAAAGUUGGGCAAAAAAUUUGAAAAGUCAACCUUUUUCUAAGGGGAAAUAUAUUUAUAGAUAGUUCUUGCACAUGGAAAUAAAAGAGAAGUCAACCUUUUUCUAGGGGAAAACUAUAUUUAUAGAUAGUUAUUGCACAUGGAAUUAAAAGAGAAUGUUAU